CACGAACGGUGAUAUUAAAAUAAGCAUAUGUCUCUUAAAAGAUGUAAGUCCAAGUUACUUUGGCAGCAGUUCCUGGAGCUUGCAGAGCUCUUUUAAGCUUACUGGUCCGUGCGCAUUCCUGGUGCAAAUCACGAUCCCCAGCCUCGUCCAUCCAUUCAGUCUCCGUAAUAGCGGCCCAGAUCGCGUCUCUUCCCAUCUCGACUUUCUCUCUCCUCCCUCUUCGCCGUCUCUCCCCAUCGCCCUUUUUCUCUUCUUCUCGCGCCGCUUCUCGGCAAUUCACCUCGUUUGAUUACAUUUCGACCACGACCGACUUUUCUUCUUCUUUCGCUCCCUCAGCCUUCAAUUCGUUCCGCGACCGCGACCGCGACAUUCUUUUCUAACUCUCCGACUUUUUUUUCUCCACAAUGGCCGAUUACACUGCCCUCAAGGUGCCGGAGCUGAAGAAGCUCCUGGCGGAAAAGAAGCUGCCGCAGACGGGCAAUAAGGCCGACCUUAUUGCGCGCCUGCAGGAGGACGACAAGAAGAACGCUACCGCGUCAGCACCCAAAGCCGACAAGCCUGCCGAGUCCAAGGAGGACGAAAUCAACUACAGCGACGAUGAACCCUCUGCUGCCUCAAAACCUGAAAAGGAACAGGCGGCCAAGCCCUCAGAGAAGCCCGCCGCAGAACCCGCCGCCGCAGAACCCGCCGCCGCAGAACCCGCCGCCGCAGCUGCUGCUCCUGCAGAUGAGGACGAGGCCAAGCCCGCCGAGGAAGCCGGCGACGAGCCCGCCGCCGAGCCAGCAGAGGCCAAGGAGCCCGCGCCGUCGUUUGCCAUCGGUCUCUCGUCCACCACCGCCGACGAGGAGCUUAGGAAGCGCGUCGAGCGGGCCAAGCGCUUCGGCACCGAGCUCGACGACGAGACUAAGAAACUGGCCGAGCGGGCGAAGCGCUUCGGCGUUGAUGAUAAGGAGCUGGCCACCGGGCUUGACUCCGCGCUGCCCGAGAGGCCGCUGAAGCGUGGUCGUGACCGCAAAGAGGGCGACGGCAACAGGCCCGGCAAGCGACGCAGCCAGGACCGCAGGGAGCAGCAGCCCUCGGGCAACGAGAGGCGCAGCGGCCGCAACAAGGGCAAUCAGAACCAGGGCGGCAAGGGCGCCGGCAAGCCCAAGUUCAGCAGCAUCAUAGAGGAUCCUGCUGAGAAGGCAAAGGCCGAGAAGCGAGCUGCCAGAUUUGCUGCGGCGUAAAGAAAAAAAGAGUCAGCCGCAAUGUUUUUGCUGUGAGUUUUUGGGAAAAGGGGGGAAAAGAGAAAUAUCUGGAGAUGAAAUUCUAUCUUUGUAAUGAGAAGGUCGUUUUUUGGGAGGGACGAAAUGGGAAUGUAUAUCAUAUGAGAGCGCUUUUUCUAAUAAGAGGCUAAAACGGCGUUGUUCGGGUUUGAAAGCUACAUUGUAAUGUUUGAGAGUAAAUUUGCUGUGAUGCUGUUGCUGCUUCUGUGAUGCUUCUGUUGCUACUUGGACCUCUGUAUGGUAUGUGGUGAUUUAUGAUGGUUACGUUGGUCGUAUUCACAGGAUACCUAUACUCGUACGCACUUCUGCUUUGGCCCAAGGGCACGCUCCUCAAACGACAAGGAACAAAAAUCCCUUGAUCCAUAAACGGCCCUUCUCCCAAACGAACCCAGCAGUGAUAACUU